AUGAUAAGUGUUCAAUGAGUUUGAGAAGACUAUAAUUCCAGUCUUCGCCUAAGAGAUGAUUUCGAAAUCGUUGCGGAGAGAGAAUUGAAAAGCUUGAGGUCUGUAUGCCGUAAUCUGUUAGAGCCAUAUUAUCAGAUUACAAGAUUGAAAGUUGUUUUUGUGCGUUUUUCACACCAAUUGUCAGCGAUUACGUGAGUGGAUUUUUCUUUUUGGUUCCAUUGACCGAGAAAUUCAAGCUCCAGUUAUGGAAGAGUGCGCAAUCCAAUGAUAAGCGACGUAUAGAGGCUUUUCCUUUUCUUUCCUGCUCGCUUUACGCCGAUUCCCUAAGAUUUUGGUCUUGACUUCAGUUUUUUCUUGUUUGAUUUGCGGACGAGAAUUGCUGAACUUCUUGUUUCGUUGAUUGAACGCAAUAAAACUGUUAAGAAUGGGAAAUUGUUUACAUUCUUCAACUCCUCGUGCUAAUUCCAUUAGCAGCCAGGCGCUAUCUUCUACUCCAGGGACAUCGAGCAAUCACAGCAAGAGCGUAGGGUUUUCAGGUACCAAUAGCACCGCCGGCGCAAGUCUAUUUUCAGAGGCGGCGAGCGUGGAUGUGAAUGAGCGCUAUCCGAACGGGAAAAUCCUUGACCAACCAAACUUGAAGGAGUUCAGCUUCGCUGAGCUGAAACUCGUUACCAAAAACUUCAGACCUGAAUCCUUGAUCGGUCAGGGAGGUUUUGGGAAGGUGUAUAAGGGCUGGGUUGAUGAGAAGACGCUGGCUCCUUCUAAGAGCAAUUCUGGAAUGGUGAUUGCCAUUAAGAAAUUAAACACAGAAAGUGUCCAAGGUUUUCAGGAGUGGCAGGCUGAAGUGAACUUUUUAGGACGGCUGAAUCAUCCAAAUCUUGUCAAAUUAUUGGGUUUCUGCUGGGAUGAUGAAGAAUUGCUUCUUGCAUAUGAAUUCAUGCCCAGGGGAAGCUUGGAAAACCAUCUCUUUGGAAGGCGUUCUUCCAUAGAACCCCUAUCUUGGGAAAGAAGGCUCAAGAUUGCAAUUGGCGCAGCUAGAGGCUUGGCUUUCUUGCAUUCCGCAGAAAAAGAAGUUAUAUACAGAGAUUUUAAAGCGUCAAACAUUCUUCUAGAUAUGGAUUACAACUCGAAAAUCUCGGAUUUUGGCUUGGCAAGAUUGGGGCCUGCAGGUGAAAGAUCACAUGUAACAACAAGAAUUAUGGGCACGUACGGUUACGUUGCCCCGGAAUACGUUAGUACAGGUCAUCUAUACGUGAAGAGCGACGUUUAUGGGUUUGGUGUGGUGCUGCUCGAGAUUAUGACAGGCUUGCGAGCACAUGAUCCGAAUAGGAGCUACGAACAGCGCAAUCUGGUCGAAUGGGCCAAGCCACGCUUGGAGAAGAAAAAAAAGAUCAAAAGAUUAAUGGAUGCAAGAAUAGAAGGUCAGUAUUCAUUGAGAGCAGCCGCUCUAGUGGGAGAUCUUACUCUAAAAUGCCUGGAAACAGAUCCUAGAAAGCGCCCCUCCAUGCAAGAAGUUCUUGAGGCAUUGGAACAGGUCGAAGAAUCGAGGGAAAAACCGAAAGAGUCGAAGAAUAGCGACUCGCAGUCUAAACAACUUCAUCAAAAACAGGCAAACAGUUCAUCAGCUAAAUGAAGGCCAUAAGGAGGUGAGGUCGGAAUAUAUUUGAUUGUAUGUAUUAUGAGUUAAAUGUUUGAAGUUUAUAUAGAAGAAAAG